CUCUUAAUUUUAUUUUUAUUUAAAAUAAAGAAUUUCAGUGUUGUUUACACUGUGCUUCUAUUUCGUGACAUAAUUUUAAUACCUCUAUUAAAAUACACAAAAUCAUUUAUUUUAUUUGUUUACAAGAUCGAGCAAAAAAGCGUGAGCCUUAGUAUGAAUGGUAAUACAUUAGAUAAUGGUGAUAGGACGUUUGAAUAUGUGGUUUCCACUGGAUCUAAUAAACCAAUACAAGAACUUCGGUUUCCUGUUAAUGUAUUGAAAGUUUUUGAUGUGAGAGAACUUGUUGCAAGGGUGAUGAACUUUCAUCGAAUUCCUUGCUUUGUUGAAACAGAAUUGAACAUGAAACUAAAGAAGUUUGUUGAUAACGAACGAAUGAAUCUCCACGAUCAUCAAGCUGCGUUGCUUUUGCAAAAGAUAAUAGAUGAUCCCACGUUGAUUGAUCAUGUGGCAAAAGUGGUGUCUGAUAAAUAUGAAAAUUCUUGGCAAGAACAUGCUCCACCAUGUCUAUCUCAAUCAAAUAACUUUCCUUUGGCUUAUCACCACCUUAUACAUUCAACUGCCAUGCAAAAUCUACUUCAACUUGAGAAAAAAUACCACAAUGCAGUUUCAAAGUUUCUUGCUGACAAAGAACAGUCCUUGUCAAACAUGAGAGAACGCCAUCGAAUGGAAAUGUCUCGUGCAUGUGAUAACGUGGGGUUUGCAUAUACUACAGAAGAUGUUUCUAUUCUUGCAACAAAACAAUUGGCAGACUCCAAUAGGUUGGAGAAACAAUGGAAGGAUAAUUACAAGAAGUUAACCGAAAAACAGAAACAAGAAUAUUGCGAUGUUGUUGUUAGGUUUUCAAAAGAAAUGAAAGAAAAUGAAGAUAAAUUAAAUGAAAAUGGAAACAUUUUCAUGGAGGUCCAGAAAAUCAUCGAUUCUUCAUCACUUGGCAUUCCAGUAAAUCCAAGAGAUGCUCUGGAUGAAAGAGAUGUUGUGUCGGAGAACUCGAUCACUGUAAGCAGCGGGAUUUCAAUGGAAGAGAGCUUCACCAUCAAUCUUGGAGCGCAACUGAAAACUAUGCACAACAUCAGACUUAUGGUUGCUGACAUGUUAUACUUCUGUAGAUAUUCUGAUGAUGGAGAAAUGGAAGCCCAGAGGUUUCAAACUGCUAUGUCCCUUUAUUCAAACUCACUCUCGGCAAUUAUCUUACUUUCUGAUAAAAAUUUAAAAGAAUGCACUGGAAUUGAAAAAGAUUUUCGGACAGUUUGUGAAUCAUCCACUGAGUUUCAUUUUGAUUCCCUUGACGAGCAGGUGGCUAGAGUGAAUGAGCAUGCUAUGGUAGUGAGGCAAUCUAGAAGUCAGACAUUGACUAACACAGACUUAAAUGACAGGAAUUCGAGUUUAAAAGAUGAGGAUGAACAAGGUGUAUUGACGGAGGGAGAUUUUUACAUAACAAAACAUUCAAAUCUCUCCCAAGUUCACCUUGUGUUUCACCUGGUGGCAGAAGAGAGUCAGUUGCGAACAAAAGCUUCUUUGACCAAUGUUACAUCACGACAUCGUGUAAUACUUGGAAUGCGUCAUAUAAUGAAGGUAGCUUCCAGUCAUGAUAUUCGAACAAUAACUAUUCCAUUGUUACUUUGCCAUGAACUUUCAGAAGAAAUAACAUUUCAGUGGUGUGUCAAGCGUGCAGAACUUGUCAUGAAAUGUGUCAAAG